GGCUUCGGAGGUGAUCAGCGAGCGGUGGCUAAAUGAGGAGGCACUCUAAUUAUAAGACGUCUCCUCUCCUCCGAUCAAAGCUUGACCACACUGCACUCCCUGUCUCCCUCCAUCGUUCCUCGGUGCGGCCCGACCAGAGCGGAGGAACUCCAACCUAUACAAGUUUCAAUCUUUAAUUCGCAUUGUUUGCACCCGUGCUUGAGCGAAAAUUUUCACGUUUUUGCGCAACGAGGAAUCGGUCAGUAGCCAUUGGAAGCUGGAAUUCCGUCCGCGCAGACCGCACCAUCCCAGGAACGCGUCGGGCUUCGGCGCCGCCUUCGCGCGCGGCUCCGCUAGGAUGGUCAUGCCGGUGUCGAGCGGGGGUGACCACGCCGCGGCGGAUGAUGGCAGCGAGCCCCUCCUGCCCAGGAAGCAGCAGCGCAGGGGCGACGGGGAGGAUGGCGGCGACGACUUCCACGGCGCUUCUUUCGCGGGGGCGGUGUUCAACCUGUCCACCACCAUCGUCGGCGCGGGCAUCAUGGCGCUCCCGGCCACCAUGAAGGUGCUCGGCCUCGCCCCCGGGCUCGUCCUGAUCGUGCUCGCCGCGCUGCUCACGGAAUCCUCCAUCGAGCUCCUCGUGCGGUUCAGCCGCGCCGUGGGUGCCACGUCCUACGGCGAGGCCAUGGGUGACGCCUUCGGGGCGCUCGGCAAGGGGUUCCUCCAGGCCUGCGUCGUCGUCAACAACGUCGGCGUCAUGGUUGUCUACAUGAUCAUCAUCGGUGAUGUGCUCUCUGGAACCUCCUCCAGCGGUGUGCACCAUCAUGGUGUACUAGAAGGAUGGUUCGGCGCAAACCGGUGGAACGGACGCUUCGCCAUUCUCACUAUCACAACUCUCGGUGUGUUCACUCCGCUAGCAUGUUUCAAGCGCGUCGACUCACUGAGAUACACGUCUGCUAUAUCGGUUGCUCUGGCCGUUGUGUUCGUCGUGAUCACUGCCGGAAUCGCCAUCAUCAAGCUGGUGAGAGGACAGAUCCCGAUGCCUAAGCUGUUCCCCGAUGUUAAUGACUGGUCGUCCAUCUGGAGGCUCUUCACAGCGGCUCCAGUUCUUGUCACCGCUUACAUUUGCCACUACAACGUUCACCCUAUUGACAACGAGCUCAAGGAUUCUUCGCAGAUCAGGCCGAUCGUGCGCAUGUCGCUGCUGCUGUGCUCGGCCGUGUACAUCACCACCAGCUUCUUCGGCUUCCUCCUAUUCGGUGAGUCGACGCUGGACGACGUGCUCGCCAACUUCGACUCCAACCUUGGCAUCCCCUACAGCUCGCUCUUCAACGAUGCCGUCAGGGUGAGCUACGUGCUCCACCUCAUGCUCGUCUUCCCCAUCGUGUUCCACGCGCUGCGGCUCAACAUGGACGGGCUCCUCUUCCCCUCGGCGCGGCCGCUGUCCUGUGACAACCGGAGGUUCGGUGUACUGACGGCAGCACUUCUUGCGGUGAUCUUCCUCGCCGCGAACUUCAUCCCCAACAUCUGGGACGCCUUCCAGUUCACAGGAGCGACCGCUUCUGUCUCCGUUGCCUACAUCUUCCCGGCGGCGAUCACGCUAAGGGAUCGUCAUGGCAUAGCGAAGAGGAGGGACAAGUUCCUGGCAGUGUUCAUGAUUGUUCUUGCGGUGGUGGCAAAUGCGGUGGCCGUGUACAGCGACGCUUGCUCGUGAUUGUAAUGGCAGCCAACGCCAAACAUUCGUCUGUGCAUUAUUCAGCGAUGAAGCCAAUGUAAGCUGUCUGUAAGAAACGUCCCAGGUCUUGUUUGGAUAUGCAGGAAGCGGAUUUGGUCCAAUCCCCAUGGACGCCC